AUGGCGUAUACUGCUACUCAAGAAAGGUAUGACGCCAGAAAAGAGCCUGGUCGAAUAAAAAAUCCCAUAGUAGCUCAUAUCCCCAGACAUCCUGGUACUAAUCAUAACAAUACCAAACUAUCACCUUUAAGUCAACAUAAAGAACUUUUCAAGAACAGUCUUAGUGGAGGCAAUACAGUUAAUAAGCAAGUUCAAAAUGAUAGGCAGAAGGAGAUUAAUGCUUGGAAACACGAUGUAGAUAAGAUCGAUAGAGUUCAUAAACAAACUCAAGGAUUAAUUAAUCAUAUAUUUUAUUUAGUGGGGAAAUUACAUGAAGGCAAGACACUUAAGCAUAUCAUUAAACUACAUAAGAAGUUGUUUGAUAAUGAUUAUCCUAACAUACCCACGAUCACCAUUAAAGGGAUAAUAUUACUCAGCAUCCAAUUAAAUAAGUUAAGAACCGUUCACUUAAAGAUGAAAAUACAAGCUUUAACUAGAUCUAUUGAAGUUUUGAAUCUAAUCAUUGGUAAUACCGCUAAAGAUAUAGAUCAAGGUAAGCUGAAAAUAAUUGAGUUUAAUAAUAAACUUUCAGGGGUUGCUGAUACGUUACAAGAACAAUUUUCUAAGCAGUUAGAUCGUAUAAAUUCAACUAUAGAAGAAUAUGAAUCUCAAAAAAUACGGGAUGUUAAACGACAAAUGCUUAAAUUCCAAUGUCGGAACUUUAUGGUAUUGAAAGAGGUACUGUUUUCUAGUGAUGGGUCAAGUUCACUUAAUUUUAUGGGUCAAAGGAUUUUAAAAAUCGAUCAUAUUUUGGGUUAUAAUAUAAUGAAUAUUAAUCAAUUUUUUGAAAGUUUAAUUGUUUUACAACGACAUUUAUCAAUAAUAUUUGAAAUUGAAUUUCCUUAUCUUGAAGAUUUACUUGAAAGUUUACCUGAUGCUGAUUUUUUUAAUUCAAUUAAAGUGAAGGAAAAUGAAAUCAGAGGAACUCCUGAAGUAGAUGAUGAAGUGGAUAAUGAUAAUAAUGUGGACGGUGAUGAUAAAGACAUUGAAUCAGAUAAUAAACCUAGAGAGUUAACUGAUACAAAUGAUAAGAUUGUUAGUACAAACAAUACCAUUAGACUACCUUUAUCAUCAAAAUCAUAUAAUAAUCAAAGAAGAGAACUGAUGAAACGAUCUCCCAGUAGAGAGAUUGAGUCUAUAUUAGAAAGGAACAACAAAAGUAAAUCAUCACUGCCGAUGCCAGAACGAUCUAAUUCAAGAUCAUCAACCUUAACUACCUCAUCAUCUAUACAUCAAGUAUCUAAGAAAAAAGCUAUUGCCAUUGUCCCUCAUAGAAUAUUAAAGAAACCAUUCAGUAAAUUAACUAUGAGAGAAUUUCUGCAAUUAUUAUAUAUCAUUCUGAAGAUUUUAUUCAAUUUCCAAGUAUUCUUCAUUACUAUUGGUAUUGAAUGUACGGAAAUCAUCCGAUCAUGUGAUUUCAAUAAGAUACUUCAAUUAUUAACGACGUUAAAAGUUGAUAAUGCAUUUAUGGAUUUGAAUUAUAAUAAUAUAAGUUCAUUACCUGUCAUUGAACUUAAAACUAUUAUUGAACUAGUAUAUAAAUCAAUGAUGUUAGGAGUCAAUAGAGCAGAGAAAUCGACAAAACGGAAAAUAUCAUCUAUUCCACCAUCUUAUCUUAAAGAUAUCACCUUAAGUGAAGUGUUUCAUAAUCAUGAUGUCAAUCUGAGCCAACAUCCUUAUGAUGAUUGGUCUCUUGUUAGUAAGAUCUUAGGUCUGCAUAAUCUUUAA